UAUCAAUCAUUCCUCAAGAUCCAAUGUUAUUUACUGGUCCUUUUCGAAAAAACAUUGAUCCUUUUAAUGAAUAUUCAGAAGAAAUGCUAUGGCAAGUUAUAGAAGAGGUUCAGUUAAAAGACGAUAUUGGGAAGUUACCUGGAGGGUUGGAUACGCACGUAAGUGAAGGAGGUCGAAAUUUCAGCGUUGGACAAAGGCAGUUAAUAUGUUUAGCAAGAGCAAUUCUUCGUGACAAUAAAAUCUUAGUUAUGGACGAAGCAACAUCCAAUAUGGAUAAAGA